ACAAUAUGACACAGCAGCAGAACAAACUGAAGCUGUAUUCUUGCCAGAGGAGCUCCUGCUCCUGCCGCAUCAGAAUUGCUCUUAACCUCAAAUGUCUGGAGUACCAGUACAUACCUGUUAACUUGUUUAAGGGGGAGCAACUCAGUUCUGAGUUCCAAAAGCUGAAUCCCAUCGGAUAUGUUCCGGUGCUGGUCGACGGCAACGUUGUCAUAUCUGACUCUUUCGCCAUUUUCAUGUAUCUGGAGGAGAAAUACCCUCAAAUCCCCUUGCUUCCAUCUGAUCUUGCAAAGAAGGCACUCAAUAUCCAGGCUGCAAAUAUUGUUUGCUCAAGCAUUCAGCCUCUUCAGAAUGGAACUGUGCUGGAAUACAUUGAGGCAAAAGUAGGUCCUAAUGAGAGAAUUCCUUGGCUAAAAUUUCAUAUUGGGAAAGGCUUUGCAGCGCUCGAGAAGCUGUUGAAAGAUCCUGCCGGAAGAUAUGCAACCGGCGACGACUUUUCCAUGGUCCAUGUUACAAGGACCCAAACUAGAUACAACCCAGACCGAAAUGAACUUUCAUACAUGUUUUUAUAG